ACGGUCUGGGUGAAACUUCCCACGCAUACCUGCCCAUGCAUGGCCUGAUUUAAAGAGGAUAUAUCCUCAUGAUCACUCUAUCAGCUGCGGCUCUUACCCGCUGCUCCAAAGUUGAACUCCAGUUUACGUCCGUAUCGAAAUCCAUACUAGCGUCCACGUCUGCGAAAGUGCUGAGAGGAUAUGAAGAGACGGAUACUCCUCUAUGUAGAAAGAUAUGUGCUUGUUUGAUGGUUACCCCUGCCGGGAAGGUUGAUAGGCAUCUACCUGUUGAGAAAUAUACUGCAUAGUACCUUCCUUCUCCGCUUGUAUCUCAAUGUGAGAUUGACACCAAUCAGAGAAGCCCAAUUUGAUUUCGCACGUUUGCUUGGUAGCAAAUUAUUGGUAUAAAUAACAAGCAGAGAGCGUUUUCUCGUCUUUCUUCUUCCACCUCCACCUCAGCGCAACAGCCCUCCAACAAACAAGAAUCAACAAUCAAGUCCCAAACGCUUCAGGUCUAUCUACCACACAGUCACAAUCACCAUACGGCCAAUUCGACGGCUACCCCGAAGUCCAAGGCGUCGCCAUCGUCGCCUUCCUCCUUAGCGCCGGCAACAUCGCGCGCCUCAAGCAGGGCCUAGCGCAUACCUACACCCCGACCGCUGAGGAGGUGGAGGGGAUGACCCGAGAGAUUGCUCGGCAAGACGAGGAGCACCACGCUGCCGCAGUGCGCGGGGAGGUUGGCGUGUUUAGUCGGAUGAAACCUACCUGUCCGUCUAUGUGGCGCGAGACGAGCGCGGGGAUCUUGGAGGUUGUGGCGAAUGCUACGGCUGAGGCGGAGGUGCCGAUUCGCCAGGAAUUGAAGUUCAUCCACGACGGGUUGUUUUGCGAGUGGGCCUACGUGGUUGACCUAGAUGCAGAGGUGUUGGAGGUUUUCAGCGGGGUGGAGAAGGAGCAUGAAGGGUCGGGCCAGCGGUUUAAGGAGGUGGAUGGGGCUGAAGAGGGGUUGGUGCCAUCGCUGGUUAAGAGCUUUGCUUUUGCGGAACUCCCGGCGGAGAAGGCUGGCUUGGUUGAUUCGAUGAAUGAAGCUCUCGAGCUGAGGACUCGCGAGACACUGGCUCGGAAGCAGCGAGACGAUGGCAGCAGCGACAACGCUGUUGCUGUUGCGUCUGUUCUCUGAUAGAGGGGUCCACGUCACGCAAGGCAUUCUCGCAAGAAGUACCAGA